UAGUUAUUUCUCCGUCUACUCCUUUUCUUGUUACGAUGGAAUUCAUAUCAAAGGUCGAGGUUUGCGAUAAGUUUUUAAUUUUUUUUUAGAGAUAACCCUUCACGCCGCCAUUGGAGUCGACGUUUCCUGCCUCUUUCCGAAUAUACAAAUUACAAAUCUUUCUUUUUCUCGCUCCCCGGGGAAGGUUGCGAAACCUGCGCUGUUUUGAUGAACUAGGCAAGAGUUGAGUACAAGAAAUGCCUGUCAGAAAAACUGAUUUUCUGAAGUCGAGAAAAGAUUUCCCCAGCCAGCUGGAACUGCCCCAACAACAUCCUGAUGAGCAGGAAAAAAAUACAUCUUGUGUAUCUGCAUCUGCAUCAAUUCCUAUAGCUUCUCUGAUAACCGUUUUGCCCGGUAGACCACCAGUUUCUAUUUUUCUUAAAGAGCCUGGCAAUUGUUGUCCAGCUGCUGAAUCCAAUCACCUUCGGUUUACUUCUGAACACGGCAUUCCUCAUUCAGCUGAUUCUAGGGGGAACACUGAUAACGAAAGGAAAGAACAGUUACUAUAUAUACAGAAGCUUUUGAACCUCCACGAAGAGUAUGAUAAGAGGGAUAACAUUCAAAUGUUUUGUCAUUUAUCAUCUGUUGAGCUUAGCAGAUAUGCCGUCGAUUUGGAGAAAAGAUCAAUCCAGCUAUCAAUCGAGGAAGUGAAAGAGAUCAGAAGGAUGAAUGCUCUAAAUAUAUUUGGAAAGUCUUCACCAACCAGCCAUCCCUCGCCAACAUUUCAACAAGUUCAAACCAAAAGGUGAAUGGCGAUUAUAUUUGUCAAAUUCUAGUGAUUUUGCUGAUGACCAGGUAAAUGAAUCUGCUUCAAUUUCUUCAUUUUUCCUUUCCAUCUUCUUGGUUGGCCUGAAACGAAUCUACCUCUUUUUGGUUACUGAGAACCUUGCGCUUAGGAUCGGAAUUUACCAAUUAUAAUCUGUCAUCUUUUAUCUUUGAGCGGUAGAAUUAGUGAGGGAUCGGGAAUAAUUUUCAAUAUGACCCCUUCUUUCAUGGUGGA